AUAUAAAUCCGCGCGCGCGCAAUCCUCUAUACGCAUCUUGGCCGAACGCUACCUACCACACACGCUAACCACCUUGGUAGUGUUUGACAUCGUCCCAAUCGUCAGAUUUCCACGAACUUCGCAUUUUCACGGUCACCAGAUUCCGAGUGUUUUGGACUGCAACUGAAAAGAACAAACGAACCUCCAUUGUCGCUCAAGUUGAACUAAACGCAGUUUUUGAUAAGCUGUAGCUGAUUGCAUCAGAACGCGCUAGCCAAUUUCCUUUUCGUUUGCGCCCAACAGUGAACAGUUUUUAAAACGGAAACGUGUUUAUCUUUCUCUCCCCUGUACCCAGAUUAUCUGAUUGUGAGCCAUAAGGUGCAAGAUAAUGCAAGGUUGUUGUGAAUGUUGAAUUCCUGCUAGAGCUUGCUCCAUCUUGCCCCCCGAUCGUUACACACCGUUAUCCUUUCAGUCGACGGCACUAGUCCCCUCUUCUGCUCCACCGGUAGCAAAGACACGCAAAGCAAUCAUGUCUUAUCAAGGAGGAUAUUAUCAAGAUCCAAAUCAAGCGUACUACGGUAACCAGUACCCGCAGCAACCGGGCUACAAUCCGAAUUAUCCACCGCAACCACAGGGCGGUUAUCCGGCUUAUCCACCACAGGGUGGCUAUCCAUCGCAGCCACCGCCACCUGGAUUCAACCCAGCCUAUCCUCCACAACCGGGAUACGGCCAGCCGCAACCCGGAUAUCCACCGCAACCCGGUUUCGCCCAGCCUGCACCACCAAUGUCGUCCGGCUACGGUACCGGGUACGAUCCCGAGACGGGCAGCGUGAAGGGUUUCGAGUUUAACGAUCAAUCCAUCCGCCGUGGCUUCAUCCGCAAAGUGUACUCGAUUUUGACGGUUCAACUACUGAUUACCCUAGGAUUCAUUUCGUUGUUCCUGUACCAUCGGCCGACGCAGCUAUGGGUUAAGAACCAUCCGGAAAUGUUUUGGAUCGCACUCGGUGUUAUGAUCGUGACGCUCAUUUCAAUGGCCUGCUGUGGUGAUGUGCGCCGAAAGGCCCCGAUGAAUUUCAUUUUCCUCACACUCUUUACGCUUGCCCAGGCCUUCUUGCUGGCUGUUACUUCGGCCAACUUUAAUUCGCAAGAGGUUAUGCUGGCAGUAGGAAUAACGGCCGCGGUCUGUCUUGGAUUGACGCUGUUUGCGUUUCAAACCAAGUGGGACUUUACGGUGAUGGGUGGAAUUCUUUUUGUGGCCGUGCUGGUACUGAUGCUGUUCGGUUUGGUGGCAAUCUUCUUCCCGGGCAAAACGAUUACGCUGGUGUACGCGUCGGCCGGUGCGCUGAUCUUCUCGAUCUAUCUCGUCUACGAUACGCAGCUAAUGCUCGGUGGUAGCCACAAGUACUCGAUCAGCCCGGAGGAGUACAUCUUUGCUGCACUCAAUCUCUAUCUCGACAUUGUUAACAUUUUCCUCUACAUUCUCACCAUCAUCGGGGCAUCCCGUGAUUAAGCGGCCAACGCAUGGCAGGCGCUUUACAUCCCGUUUCUUUUCUUCUCACGACUCACAACUGUGUGCACCCUUCUCUGUUUCCGAGGUUUCGGUUCCUUUUUACUACCCGUGCAGAUUAGCCAUUCCAGAUAGUAGAAGAUUAAUUCACUAGAGCACUGUUGUGAUACUCGGAACGGCAGGCGCUAGCUAUAGAUGUGUAAUAAGUUAAUAUCAAAAUCAAGAAAAUUAAAGAUACAAAGGCCAUACUUAUAGUUUGGGAGUUUGCACUGCUUCGAACCACAGUUUACACGUAUAAUCAAUCGAUAAUCUGUUACCUGUUGCACAGCUGAUGUUGGCUGGCAUCUAAUAUUGGCUUGUAAUUGUCCCAAAGAAGAAAAUAAUUAAUCCUACGAGGCUUACCGUACCUACCAGAUCUGGUUUUAAGUUAUUUGGUGGCCACAUUGCCUAAUGAUUCAUCCAACUACAUCUCAUACAUUAAAUCCGCUUCAUGGCAUGAUUCAUCUUGCCAUAUUCCUGGAAUUUAGCCGCGUGCUUGCGCAAGAAACCUGCGUCAAGAUAGGGCCAACCAGUAAUGAUGAUGCCUGUCAGAGGGGCACUGAUAAGCUUAAUUCCACUCCAAUGUCCACAGUGCAGAGAGUCGGAGUGAGCUGGUGAUGGAUAGGUGUGUUUGUGUAUACUGUUUGUGCUUAUUAAACUUACCCUUACACGACGAAUUACAGUGGCCGUACGUGAGUACAAUAAGUGAAAUGAGGAGUAAUAGAUGUAGAUCCUACCAAAAAAAAUCUCCAACAAAAUCGAACCAACGCUUCAAUCGAAGCCAAUAUGGAAGCUAUACUUGUAUGUAAUACCCGUAUAUAUGUGUAUAUGGAUAUAUUUGUUGUAUUUCGUUGAAAAUGCUAAGCUUUCCAGUGUUGUAAGCCUCCCCAAAUGGCAAUAUGAUCUUUCCUCUUUGAUCCUUUUAUCUAGUAGAUUAUAGAGCGAAGGAGUGUAAAAAGAAUGUACGAUCGUGCAGUGAUGAAGGCAAAUAAAAAAGCAUAUUAAACUC